UGCCCAUCAGUGCCACAUAUCAGUGCCCAUCAGUGCCACCUAUCAAUGCCAAUCAGUGCCACCUAUCAGUGCCAGUCAGUGCCACCUAUCAGUGCCAGUCAGUGCUGCCUAUCAGUGCGCAUCAGUGCCGCCUAUCAGUGCCAGUCAGUGCUGCCUAACAGUGCCAGUCAGUGCCGCCUAACAGUGCCAGUCAGUGCCGCCUAACAGUGCCGCCUAUCAGUACCAUAUAUCAGAGUCAUGUAUCAGUGCUGCCUUUCAGUGCCCAUGAGUGAUG